AUGAAUCCCGCAGGCUUUCCCGUUGCUGGUGGUGCUGCGGGAAGUGCCAUGCCUCCGAACGACAAGCCAAAACUCGACAGUACCCAGAUGUUAUGGAAGCAUGUUGGACAGAUAAUACAGGCCCAAGGUCCGUUCACUGGAUGGCGUGAGUCAGUGCAGAUUCAGGAGCGUAUUAUGAAAGUUUGUCAAAUGUAUGUCAUUCUGACGUCUCCGAACGUUCCGGUUCAUGAUGGCACCCCCUACAAAAACAAAGACCUAACACCUUCCCCAAGGAUAUGUUCUCUACGCCUGAUUCCACGAAUCGAUGUGCCUUCUGCGAUCAACGGCGCCCUCAAAUUUGAAGAUAGAGCGUUUCGAGAAGCUAGCGAAAAGGUUUGUUAUUUCUUUGUCAAUCUACAUCUAUCGACCGAUUCGGCAACCAUCAAGUACUAA